AUGGCGCAGUUGGCGGAUCUCGCAGGCGCUGUUUUCGAGGGCCACCUUCAGGCCCCUGGCCUUGGGAAAUGUGGCCUGUCCUACCGGUUUGGCAGCGUUCAAACUGGGCUCCACACUGCCGUCAAAUCUCAGCGCCGGCAACUAGGAUGGACCAACAACGAAGAGGAGAUUCGCUGCAUCUCGGCGAUUUGCUGCAUUCCAGACUUGGGCCUGGAAUCAGAAGAGGUGACUGUCUCGGUCAAUCCGGCAGGAGAAGACGGAUCUAGGCUGAUGCUGCUGCAGUCGCUAUCACGGCCCGAUCUGGGCCUGACCGUACUGCUGCUCAGCUCGGGUGCUUCAAGCUUGGCUGGCGGCGACGAGUCAUGGACGCCAGACAUGGUUCCCAUUGUUCGUGCAGAGCGCUGCAAAGCUCCCGAGAAGUCGGCCAAGCCAGUUCCGCGACCACCUGUCUCCCAGACCUCCCCGGUCCGGAGGCCAAUGCGUGCUCGAAUCCCGGAGCCUGAUGCAGAGCCUACACCUAGCGGCGACAGCGAUCGAAGCGAUCUACAAGACCCAACCGCGCGAAGUGCACCAGCAGUGCAGGAUGACCAGCCCAGAGGUUUUGGCGUGGUUGGUGGGAGUGGUCUCCUCGACACGGAAGCAGUGAGCAUUUGCAUGCCAGUACCUUUUGGCGAAGAAGCCGGUGGAGCGGGGCGGCCAGUGGAAGCUGCUCCACGCAAAGCCCACGAAAAUGGAAUUGGUCGCUCCGGGGCAGACGCAGGGACCAACUGUUCCGGCCCAAGCGCCUUCGGAUACCAUUCCUCGGAACCCGCUGCCAUUCGACCAGACAUAGCAACAGGAAGACCUGGUCCGUUGGACCAAGAGGUAUUGCUGGGGUCGAACGACGAACUUCAAGUUGCUGCAAACCAAGAGCGAUUCGUAGCAGCGGCUCGGGCUGGCGAAGUUGGAGAUCUCCAGCAGCUAUUCAGUCGCAGUGGUGUGCGAGUUGAUGGCUGCGUCAACGAAGGACGUUUCGCCGACCAGACAGCUUUGGUGGCGGCAGCUUCCCGUGGCCGCGCAGAUGCCGUGCGCAUUCUACUGGAUCGGAAGGCUGUGGUGGAUGCCAGUGAUGCAAACGGCUGGACUGGACUCAUGCACGCCAUCCACGGCCAGAGAGCGGAAGUUGCUCGAUAUCUUUUGCAAGCCCGAGCUGAUGUCCGGCAGGUGGCUGACAAGAGUGGAUCAACUCCACUGAUCCUGGCAGCUUCCGGGGCGCGGCAUGAGAUCUGCAAAAUCCUGAUUGAGCACAAAUCGCCUCUCGAGAUUUCGGACAUCGAAGGAUCCACAGCCCUGCACCAUGCCGCUCGUAGGGGAAAUGGGGCAGCCGUGAUGACGCUCUUAGCGGCUCGUGCUAAACUCGAGAAGCAGGACUCACAAGGUCGAACACCCUUGCUGGCAGCUGCGGUCGCAGGCCGAGCGAACACUGUCGAACUUCUGGUGGGGCAAGGAGCGAAUGUGAAAGCAGUCGACUGCACCGGAAAAGGUGCCAAAGAGCUCGCGACUGCGUACCAACAUCAAAGAGUUGUUCAGCAGCUCAACGCAAUCACAGCGACAGCGAAGUGA